UCGUGAUACUAGCGUGCGGGAACAAGUUAUCCGAGGCCGUCUCAACUGUGUCCAUAAGCGAAUCCGACCAGAGGAACGUUAUCCCGGUGUGUGUUCCGCUCUCCGGCUGCCCGUUUCGAUACCCAGGUACCCAAAAUCGAGAUGAAACCAUACAAGAAAAUAGGCCACAGCAAACGGCCGGUGCCACUAAUGGAAAAGAAAACGUUGGUUCUACUCGGGGUAAGACUGCAGAGGUCACCUGCUUCCUUAUUAUUCCCAGCAAGAAAAGGCCUCAUCGAGAUUUUUUCUGUUACCUGGAGUAAACGAAAUGCGGCUCGUCGAACAUCGGAAAGUAUUACUUGCCUACUCAUCAAAAAAAGCGACGGAUGCCGGAACACGAAAUUUUGCCACUGGGAUCGAUUGACAGCAGACCACAUCGAACGGCCUAUACGGUCCCCCCGUGAAAAGAGCCGCUGUCCGUCGAACGGCAGGAAAUGUAGGAUGCCCGUUUGCCGCUUAUGCCCAAAAAAAAUUCGCAGCUUUCUUUCGUGGACUUUCCGGCUGGGCAGUGUUCAGCAGCAGCAGGAUAAGUGGAUCGAAGUGUAAUUGUUUUCCUGUUCGGAGGCUGAACGAGCCAAAAAUAAAAUCAGAAUUUAGUAUACUUUUUGUAGUAUAUAAGAGCAAGUUCACUGGUUGAGAUGGAGUUGGAAAUUUCGAAGGUUUACAACACAUCACAACACAUUUGCCGUACACCGGUGUUGGGAAAAUCUGAUAUUCGAACAGUUUCGCGCUGCAAAAUUUGUAUCGUAUAACACUUUUUGGCUGAGGGUGAUAGAAAAACACGAUAUUUUGCAACACCGAACCGAGUGAUAGAGUCGGCGUUGCAAUACAGUAUUCGUGCAUGAAACGCUUAGGUGCUGCCAUCUAUCUUAAGCUCAAAACCCCAGUUGAGGGGAAAAUAAAGGAAAUUGAGCAAUUUCAGGAUUUAAACAUAAAGUGAUAUUUUCUUUUUUUUUAAUCUUUUAUCACUUAAAUUGAUACGAAUUGCAAUGAAGUUAAUCAACUCUUUAAAACUUACAGCCAAUUUUUUUCAUGCCCUUGCCAAUCGAAUACAUUUUGAGGCGCAGAGAUGCCAGAUAGCUGGGUGAAUAAAUAAAAUCUGUUUGUAUGUUUUGUUUGAGCGGUUUUCGGGAGUAGGAAAUUGUUUCGCUUUUUUAUUUGAAAAAAAUAUUCCGUCGGAAUGUCCGGUAACAAGUUCGGAACGCCGUCUUUAAUGGAUCCAUCAUCUUUAGAAAACGGAACCCUCGCUGUUGAUUCGACAAGUGUCAAUCAUAUCAAACGUAAGGCGUCGUAUCGGGAGUAAAAUUCAGCUUGUGUCUGAAAUAUCUAUACUUUUUAUUUGUCACUUACUUAAUAAUCACUUUGAAAAUGAAAGUUUUAGAAAGAGUUCAAAAACUUUAUCAACUCGUGUAAUCAAAUGCCCUCCAAUACAAAACUCCUAAUUCUGCAGAAUACAGUUUAAUAUUGGGAUGCAUUAUAACUUAAACAAUACUUAUUCAUACAUCUAAAUUAUAAAAUUUUAAUAUUGGCACUACUGUUUCAAGUUAAUGAUCAAGUAAAAUGAUUUCAAACGGUGAAUUCAAAAUACAAAAAGUUAGUAAAAUUACUGAAAAGCAAAUUCUCUUGGCAUCGCUGGUUGCUUUCAAUUUUAUACCUUCGUAUUCUAUCUCACCGGUGGACGGCCAACCUUUUUGGUCUAUAUUUCACGAUAGAAAAAUUCCCAUCUGUGCUACAGACGUCAAAAUUCCUACCACUUUUUCCCAACACCAUUGGACUUGCUCUAAGUGUUAAAUCAAAUAAAUACAAAAAUGAAAAGUAAAUGGAGUAAAAGC